GUAGCGACAAGAACAACAAGAGCAACAAAAGUUGAUUGCCAUCGUCUAGGCCAUUUUAUUGGGCAUUAUAGCCCCGCAACUCAGUCACAUACCGCCCGUUCUCGAGUUCGCCACGAAUUCUCCAAGCGUCUGCAGAGCACUCCCCAGAAUUCGUGAUUUGCAUAUAUAGAAACGGAGAUAUAUGCAGAGAUUCCGACUGGGCGUAGCAUGUUCAACGAACUGAGUCAGCCGCCUUGAAAUUCAGCGCUAAAACACAAACUGGAUAGGAUGUCUUCGAUUGUGGAGAAAGUGCGUCGCGUUUUGGACGCCAAAGAUCUGGGCGACAUCACCACGGAGCUGUGCGACUUCUCGCUCAAGGAACAGAAUGCCACCGCCGAGGCCCAAGGAGUUCAGCCCUCGUCCGCCUCCGAUUUUGUGCCCAUUCUCGGCCAGACAGUCACCUACAUUGUGGCCUGUGUGCUGAUCAACGAGCACGACGAGCUGCUCAUGAUCGAGGAGGCCAAACAGAGCUGUGCAGGCAAGUGGUACUUACCCGCCGGCCGCAUGGAGCGCGGCGAGUCCAUCACGGAGGCAGCCGCCCGGGAAGUUUUCGAGGAGACCGGUCUGAAUGCCGAGCUAACCACUUUGCUGGCCGUGGAGGCGGCCGGUGGCUCUUGGUUCCGCUUCGUGCUCACCGGACGCAUCACGGGAGGGCGAUUGAAGACCCCAGCGGACGCGGAUGCCGAGUCCAUUCAGGCCAGAUGGGUGCGCAAUCCCAAGGAAGUGCCUCUGCGGGCCAACGAUAUACUCAACAUCAUCGAGAUUGGUCGAGCCUACCAUCAGGGGCAGAAAAUCGCCAUCAGCCCGUCGCCCUUUCACGGCAACAUUCUGCCCACACGCUUCACCCACAAACGCAACUAUCUGCGUGUUUUGGCAGUGGCUAGGAAGCGGGCCCACAACUCCCUGAACAUCCUCGUGAGCGAGAAGAAUGCCCACCACUUCCCCACCGUCGAACUGCAUCCGAAUCGCAGCUUGCACUCUACGCUGCGCAAGUUUAUGAUUGAGAUUUUUGGCGCGGAGCUGCCACAGCAUAGACCACAUGGCUUACUCAGUGUCGAGCACUUGCCUACGGAGCAGGAGAACUCCGAUGGUAUUUGCCUGAAUCUGCUGGUGGCUUUCCGACCGCCACUCGAGGAAAUCUCCCUGAUCGGCAAGUGCAUUUGGCAGGAACUGGGAGCACCACUCGAUGAGAUGCUAGGACGUAUUGUUAGCAGCAAGAACGCCUCCAUUCCGCUGAAUGUGGUGCGCUGAAUGCCUUAUAGUCUAAAACUAGAGUAAUCUGUCCUAAUCUAUGGUGCAAGCAAUCUAUCCGUUAUUAGUUGCAAUUAAAGAUAACCAGAUGUCCGACUGUUAUGCGAUCAUUUUUCCAUUCUCCGGUGCUAAGUAAUGGAUUGCGUAGGUUAGUCUUGAGCUAACAUACGCUAAUCUGUCAUUAAUGUCUAGAAGAUAUCCCUACCCGUUUCCGUUUCUUGGUGAAAGAUCUUAUCUAAGGUUUACUUGUUUGACUUAGCCUAAUAUAUCUUUAGCAAAUUACAAAGAAAACUUACUAUUAUAUAGUACCAAUUAAAAUAAUCGCUUUUUAACAUGAA